AUGUCCUCAACAACUGCAUCGACCUCCAAAGCCCCAGAAACAACGAAGAGCUCUGAGCCCACAAAGGAGGAGGACACGCUACCACACCUCGGCGUGCUCGAGGAGGACGACGAGUUCGAAGAAUUUCCCGUUGCCGACUGGGAAGACUCGCAGACCGAUCUGGCACAUCUUGGGGGUGCAGCUCCUGGUGCCGCGAAGUCAGGCGGGGACAAGCUAUGGGAGGAUAAUUGGGAUGACGACGAUAUUGAGGACGAUUUCAGCCUGCAGCUGCGAAACGAGCUAGCCAAGAAGGAGAAGGGGGAGUCGAUGCAACACUAG